CGCGGCCCAGAGCUCGGCAGCGGGAGGGAGGUGCCGGCGCUGCCGCAAGGGGCGCUGGAGCGCCGAGUGCAUCGAUCGCGGCCGUCCAUCCGUGCAUCGGUGCUCGGCUCCCUGGGCAGCGCCCGCCCAGCCCUGCCCGUCCCCCGCCAUUUCGCACCGGGACGGGAAGGGAAGGGACGCGAGCGCCAAGGGAAGGAAAAGGAGAGGAAAGGAAGGGACGCGACGCGGGCACGGCGGGUGCCGGGAGCUCCCGCGGCACGGCCAGCCAAGGUCUGCUAAAAAAAUGACAGAGUAUAAACUUGUGGUGGUUGGAGCUGGUGGUGUAGGCAAGAGCGCCUUGACAAUACAGCUAAUCCAGAAUCACUUUGUGGAUGAAUAUGACCCCACAAUAGAGGAUUCCUACAGGAAGCAAGUAGUAAUUGAUGGAGAAACCUGUCUCUUGGAUAUUCUUGAUACAGCAGGUCAAGAAGAAUACAGUGCGAUGAGAGACCAAUAUAUGAGAACAGGGGAAGGCUUCUUGUGUGUGUUUGCCAUAAACAAUACAAAGUCUUUUGAAGAUAUUCACCAUUAUAGGGAACAAAUAAAGAGAGUUAAAGACUCAGAAGAUGUCCCAAUGGUGCUAGUAGGAAACAAAUGUGAUUUGCCUUCCAGAACAGUAGACACAAAACAAGCUCAGGAUUUAGCAAGAAGUUAUGGAAUUCCUUUCAUUGAAACAUCAGCAAAGACAAGACAGAGAGUGGAGGAUGCUUUUUAUACAUUGGUGCGAGAGAUCCGACAGUACAGAGUGAAAAAAAUCAGCAAAGAAGAAAAGACUCCAGGGGUGUUGAUGAUGCCUUCUACACAUUAGUUCGAGAAAUCAGAAAACACAAAGAGAAGAUGAGCAAAGAUGGUAAAAAGAAGAAAAAGAAGACAAAGACAAAGUGUAUAAUUAUGUAAAUACAAUUUAUCCUUAUUCUUAAGAAGUACUGAAGUAAUUUUGUACAUUACACUAAAUUAUUAGCAUUUGUUUUAGCAUUACUUUACUUUCUGCUUCAUGAUCCUGUUAGCUUUACCUGAAUGCUUGUUUUAAAUGACAGUGGAAACUUCAUUCCUCUUAAAGUGCCAGUAUUCUUUGACUGUUGGUUCUUGAACAGCAAUGCCUGUGAAAAAAAGAAACAAAAAACCAAACAAAAAACAACAAAAACCCAAAACGAACAAAAAAAUACCCACAAAAAGCCCGAGAACUGUCUUGGGACUCUUUGGUGCAUGCACAGUUGCUAACUUCCUAUUUUUCUUACUGAUUGUGAACUUCUGUUCUGUGUGCAAAGCAAACAAGUGAUGCUCUACACAUUUUAACACCCCCUCUAAAUUUUUGGGUUUAUAAAUUUGGUUGGGAAAAAGGACUAGUUAGCAAAAGAAGCUUUCAUUUCAGCAUUCCCUUUAUUUUAGACUGAUUGCAAUAGAGAGAGACCAGAAGCCUUUAUAUAGUCUUCCUGUAGAUUUUGCUUCUAGGCAUCUAGUCUUGUAGCAUUUCAGAUCAACUUUAAUGAAUGUAAAAAGAAAACUUUCAAAAAAAAAUUCACUGCAAUUUGUCACAGUCACUCCUUAAAGACUCUAUUUUUUCUAUAAAAAAAAUUUAAAAAAAGAAAAAAAAUUAAAAAGAGAACAAUGCACACCUGGCAAUGGAAAAAGUAAAAGUUCUAAUUAGGUUGAUUUGCUAUUGUUAAUGCAUUGCUUUAAGUGCUUCACUGACUUUUUGUGUCUGAAGAGCAAGGUAAAAUCCCCCUGUGUCAAAGCUUUGAGUAGCUUUGUUCAAUAGGGUCAGGAUUUCACCCUGAGUGUCCCUAGGAAAUACUAGAAUGCCUUAACAGAGAAGUUGAUUCAAAUUCUUAGGUUAAUUCAUACAUGGAUCCAGAAUCUACCAUAAGAAUUAAAUCAGAAUCAAUCCUAAAUUACAUAGUGGAGUAAAACCAUUCUUUUUUUCCCCCCCAAGAGUGGCAUUAAAUAUUUCCCAAUGCCCAUUUUGUGCAAAAUAGGGGAGAAAUUCUAAAUUCUAGCAACAUCAGUGAGUGAAUGAAAGAGUUGAAUUUAGCUGCUUCUUGCAAAUAAUUUGGAAAUCCACUAUGCCAUGGAAAUGGUGUGGAAUUUGCACAAUCUGUCAGCAUAGAACAUGAUUUCCAGAGUCAGUGUUGUUUGUGUGAUGUCUGUGAAGUACUGAUUCAAUGGUUGGUGAGUGGCAUUCCAGUGUCUAGACUGUCAUGAAGCUACACCAAGAGUUUAAUGUUGUGUUUCUCUGUGAUUAAGUUCUCUUGUGAUUUUUGUUCUUCUCUCCCCCCACUUUUUUUUCUGAUUGGAAUUAAUGCAGGAUUUUUGCAGGAGCUUUCACUUUUUGGUACUGCAGUAGCCUAGUUAUCCACUGAAGUAUGAGCCAGUAGUUCCAGUGUUUCCAGUUGUUUCCCUGUAAAUGUGGAGUUGUUUGUUUCAGGAGGGCUUUGGUCCCUGAAGGUGCACUUCUUCACAGGAGCUAACUCAGCUUGCAGAGUGACACUGGAAGGUGUGACUCUGGUGUACCCAAAAAAUAAAACAUGAGACAUUGAAGUAGGAUAGUUCAGGACACUGGAAAAUUUGGAACAGGGAAUAGCAGCAUUGUCCUAACCUAAGGUGUUCCAUGGCAAUUUUACACAGGUAUGUAAAAAUUGCACUGUGUAACUCGGACCAUUUCUGUGAAAAGUAUUAUUUUGCUUCUACAAAAAAAAAAAUCCCAGAGUGAUUGUUGUAGGUGGGGACCUGCAAAGCUGGCAGGGAACACAGAGUGUCUGGAUUGCUCCAUAUUAUUUAAUUUCAUUGUGUCUGGGAGAAACCAGGCCUUUCCCUGCCUGUGCCCCCCAUUCCCACCCUUCACCAAACUCCAGACCCCUCCAAUCCUCUCAGCUUCAAUGUGAAAUGUAGGUUAUGAAAUACUCUGAUAAACAGGAGAACCUAACUUUAUACUGUAAGGACCAAUAAGGAGUAAGAACAGAUUCUUAAUGUCACAAAAUAUUUCAGAGCUUCCAAGGUUAAAAUGUGUUGGAGACAGUUAUUUGCACAUUUUAUACACUCUUGAUAAUACAUGAAGAAUGUAGCAAAAGUGGGUUGUAAGCCUUGAGCAAAUGGAAGUAAUCUUAAGGUUACUUUAAUUUUGGUAACUGAGUCACACUGCAUGUCAUAUUAGGGCUGGUCUAAAGUUCUGAUGUUAAUUUAACUAAAAACUGUUAGGAGAAUUUGUAGCUGAAAUGUCUUAUUCAUCAAAAGUGGAUUUCUAUAGCUCUACUAUAAAGCUAUAUAUGAACCAAUGUUGGGGGUUUUCAGCAAAAAUGAGCUGUAGCUGCCAGUCAAAUUAAAUUAGUACAAAAUCCAUUUAGAUUAGCCCUUAUUUACUCGACAAAAAACCCAGCCCAACCCCAUCUUUGCCACUGUUGUGCAGUUUUGUCUUCCUGUUUGUUGAGAUUUGGUGAAGCACGUUGGAUUGCAGCUUGCACAAGUUGCUGUCAUCACUGCCGUGCCCUGUUUGAGAUGCUUCCACAGAACACCCCUGGGUGCUGCGUCCUGAGAGCAGCUCCUGAGCGAGCCUGGGACUCACUGCCCAUGUCACCACGUCCAGCUGCCAUGUGUCAGGGAGUAACACCUUCUUACAGUAGCUUUAUGUAACUCUGCCAAAUACCUGGAUCCUUGGUUCACCCCAAAAGGAAUUGUUCUGACCAGUUUUGGUGCCCUGAAUUUUCUUGCUACUUUUUUGCUGUGUGGGCUUUGUUACAGUAACAGGAUAAUGGGUAAAUACUGACACACACAAUCUUCUGCUCUUGUCUAGACUAUGAAGCAAUACAAUUAUUACCUUCAAAGACCAUCAAACUGUAAAACAAAUCAUUGUGUCUCAAGUUUACAUAAAGCUACAUAGAUGGUAAAUCUUUCCUAACAUUUCUUUAUUCCACUGUCUUGUGUUUUCAUGUUGAAAAUACUUCUGCUUUUUCCUCUUGAGUGCCAACUUCUUACUAGAAUGACUUCUUAAUGUAAUAUGUUUACCUGGAAUGUAUUUUAACUAUUUUUGUAUAGUGUAAACUGAAACAUGCACAUUUUGUACAUUGUGCUUUAUUUGAUGUGGAACAUAUGCAGUGUGAUCCAGUUUUUCCAUAAUUUGGUUGUGUGACCUAGGAAUGUUGGUCAUGCCAGACAUUAAGUUAAAAAAAAGAAAAAAAAAAAAAGACCACUGUUUGUUUUAAAAUUUUUAAUGUUUUUAGGAGUAUGUGCUGUGAGGUGAUCUGGAAUUUGUCAUUUUUUUGUCCAACUGUACUGCUCCUAUUUAUUGUAAUGUAAUAAAAAAUAGUUAUUGUGA